UUGCCCGCCGCCGUCGCCGCCGCCGCCGCCGCCAUGCCACCGAACCCGGCCUCCCCGUCCGCGCCGCCCCGCGCCGACGAGAAGUUGCUCAUGGUGGCCGAGGACUUCUCCGAGGUGCCCAUGAAGGCCCUUCUGGACGAGGGCGCCGUCCCGCCGCCGCCGCCGGCCGCCGCCGCCGCCGAGCCCGUGGACGAGGACCGGCCCAAGGACCGGCCUGUGCCCUGGGAGAUCAAGUGGAGGAACGUGGUCAUCCUCAGCGCCAUGCACCUCUGGACGCUGUACUCGCUCACCUACAUUCCGUACAUCAAAUGGCAGACGUAUCUCUGGAGUGGUUUCUGGACAGAUCCUGCUAAUCCAGCGAUGUCUGAGGACCAAGCUUGGGUUCUUUGUUCCGCCAUAAAAAUAUUUAUAACGAAUGAAUUAAUAUUCCUGGCCCAAGCCUUCCUCUUGGAAGCACUUGGCUUGGCUUUGGCGUGA